CAUGAACCAGCUAAUACUGAUAUUGGGGGUUGUGCUAAGUGCAGGCAGUUUAGUGGACUGCUUUAAUAUCUUCAAAUCCUACCAAAUUCAGAAUCAAACCCUUUUGGAGGAUAUACUGCAGUUGGAAGCACCAAGUUCCGAUGGAGCCUUUCUCUCUAGGAAGCGUCGUGAUCAAAUUGCCGUUUCUGAUGGUUCAAAAAAGACCACGAAAACCUGGCGGUACCCUUGUUGCCAGGCCGAUAUGGAUCCAAAGUAUAUUAUAAAUUGGGAGUACAUUCGCCCAUGUUAUGCAAUUCCAAGGCAUCAUGUUACAGUCGACCAUUUAAGAUCGACUGACCGAAGUUCAAAAGACUUUAGGGAUAGCAUAGCAAUGCUAAAGAAUGAUGUCAUGUGCCAAAUCCAAUGCAUCUCACAGAAAUAUAAUAUGGCUGACAAAAACGGGAUUGUAAUACUGGAUGGGCUAACCAAAUUUAUGUCGACAUCUUUAGAAGGUACAUGGAUGGCAACAUUCGUGAAACAAAUUGCUACGAAAUGUUUCAAUCAAAUUCAAACAGAGUCCAAUAACUAUCUCAAGACCAAAACACCAACGACCUGCAAUCCCGCAUUUGUCACAUUGAAUCAGUGUUUGCACAGAGAACUAGAGGCCAAUUGUCCAUCGAAAUAUGUGGGAAAUGUCGAGGAAUGUUUGCGCCAGAUAGAUUCAGCUUACAAACAUUUUUAGUACCUUGGGCUUCUAUGAAAAUAUCGUUUAAUACUAUUUUUUUUAGUAGUUAAUCUAAUAAUUAUGGUUAUGUGUUUUUUUCCACAAAUUUGAAAAUUUUAAGUUUUUAACCCUUCUUGCAAAUAAGUAAAGAAAAAUAAGUUCGGACAUUUAAACCUUAAUUUUGGAAGGGAGUGGUGGGAAUUUGCCGCGAUCACUUUGGAACACAAUAAAAAAAUAAAUAAUUCACUU